CUGUCUGCUCAGUUCGCCGAAAAAAAUCGCCUUCUCCGCGAGAAAGAACGACAGAUAGAAGAAAAUCGUCAUAAGAUUGAGGAAUCUGUCAAACACAUCUCUGAUGCUGAAAUGAAAGCUAGGAAACUGGAAGCAGAGCUCUCACAAAGUGAAGCACAGCGGGUAGCUGUAUCUGACUCGGAAUCCGAGUUACGUAAUAGACUCACCGAACAUGAGUCAAUGUUGGUCAAUUUGAAACAGCAAGUUGAAAAAUUAACGGCAGAGUUGAACGCCAAAGAUCAGGCACUCCAAGAUGCAAUAAAGGAAGCUAGCGAAAAAGAAGAGCACUGGAAGAAGAAGCGCGAGGAGUUUGAGCGCCAGAUUGAGAAGGAUCACGAACACAAUGAAGAUCUUUUGAAGACAACGAAAGAGCUACAAAGCUCUUUGGAAUCUGAAAGGGAGGAGAACGCAUCACGAAAGGAAGCUAGCGAAAAAGAAGAGCACUGGAAGAAGAAGCGCGAGGAGUUUGAGCGCCAGAUUGAGAAGGAUCACGAACACAAUGAAGAUCUUUUAAAGACAACGAAAGAGCUACAAAGCUCUUUGGAAUCUGAGAGGGAGGAGAACGCAUCACGAAAGGCGAAAAUUGAGGAACUCACAAUGAGAACGAGUGAAGCGACCACUCGCAUAAUUGAGUUGGAGAAGGAGAUCGAAGAAGAUCAUAAAAAAGCAAUGACUCUGGAAGAGACCCUAGAGAAGUUGAAUAAACAAUUAGCCGAAGAGAAGGGUCGUUUUAUUGAGUUGCAAAAAAAGUACGAGGAUGAAGUCGUCAUGUUAAAGUCGGUUGAGAAUGCUCUCUGUGACUCUAAGAUUGAGCUCGAUUCUCUGAAGAGCAGCGCAGAUACACGACAAGCGGAACUGGAGUCGCUUGUUCAGCAGUCGGAGUCUAAAAUAGCGGAACUGCUGGCUGUUGGAGAAGGAAAAGAACAAGAACUCCUUCAUUUAUCUAAUGCAAAUGCUCGACUGGAGGAGGAACUCUCGGAAAGGACAAAGGAGCUGGAUGGCUUCAACGAGCGCAUGAUGAAAUCUGAAGGUUCAUUGAUCCGCUCGCCUUUACUGCGAUUUACACGAGAUUUAUCUCGUCAGCUAGACAUUGUAAUCAUUAGGCUGUGGCAAACUCCAGCAACUUAUUUCAGCAUCAGGCCAGAUUUUUCGCUUUAUUUUGGAACUUGCAUUUACACUUAUACAAAAGAUGAGAUGUCGAAGAAGAUCUCGUCUUGGGAAGAGGAAAAGAAUGCGCUCAUUGAAAGGUGUCUCAACACAGAAAGUGACCUGGACUUUGAACGAGAUCGUGCACUGGAAAACAAGCGCCGGUUUGAUGAGGCGCUUUCAGCAAUGCAUGAAUUAGGGAGAGCUAAUCAGUCACUGCAGGUCAGCGUCGUUAUUAAAGUAAUUUAA